AUGGCCAGAUACACUGAGGAAGAACUUUUGCAAUUAAAGCCAGAAGUCGAGGUUCCUGUGAACUUUGACAUCGAUUCUUUCAGAGCUGUUAUAGACAAAGUUAAGGAAAUCCAGGGUCUUCAAGAAGAAGAAUUCCAGCAUUUCCACCGCAGAAGAUCUUCUCAUAACCAUGGUAAGCCCAAGAUCAAGCACUUGAAACCCAAAAUCACAACAGACUCUGAUGGUUGGUCCACAUUUGACAACAUGGCUAGAAGAAAGUCGAGCGUCGUGGCCGGUGGCUCUGGCACCAUUAACGGCAGCGACGAGGAUGCGCCAGCAAAGGAACCGGUCACUAUUGCGCAGGAAACUUUGAGGGUCAAGCCCAACAAAAACAUUUCGUCGACAAAGCCCGCAGACUCUCGUGACAUUGUCGCCGACAAAGCGACCAAUAAUUUCAAUGCGUUCGCUGCUCUUGAAAGUGAUGAGGAGGACGAUUAA